CUCACUUGAAUGCUGAACAUAAUCAUUUGCUCCUAAAACUGAAUCUUUCUGCUUCCAGUGCAGGAUAGUGCCUCCCUGGCCUCUGCCCGCUGGGUGCCCAUGGGUCUGCCCCUGUGGCAACUACCACUGGUCACCACCAGGGGUACAGGACUGCCCCCUCCAAGACCCACAGAGGAUCCCGCUGCACCUGAGCCCAGAUGGGCAACAGCAGGAGCCAUGCGGGGCCGAAGCUCUGCCCACGGUUCCUCCCCGAGGAGCAGGCUGAAAUUGACAAGUUGUUCAAUGCUCUGACGGCGGGCCAAGGUGGCCACACAGGUGUCCCGGCCCACGACUUCUCCCUGCAGGCACUGAAGAGCUACCUUGGGCAAGCACUGCCCACACACAUGGUGGCCAGGCUGUAUGAUGGCAUGCGGGGGGUUGACCCGGCUGGGAAGGCACAGGUGCCCAGUGAGAGCGUCUCCCGGGAGCAGUUCGUGCUGGCCAUGUCGCACCUGUUGAAGGGAGAUGCCGCCGAGAGGAGCACCCUGAUUCUGAAAAUGAUCGCCAAGACAGGUGGCCCAGUGAGAGCCCAAGAAGUACAACGGUUCACAGAGGACCUGGUGGGCUCCAUGGCACACGUGCUAGCCCACAGGCAGGAGCUGAGAGGCUGGCUGGUCAAGACCCCUGUGACUGCAUCGCCCAGGGUGCGGGCGCUGGCCACGCAGCUACUCUCUGAGAUGAAACUUCCAGGUGGCGAGGUGUUCCUGAGUCCUCAGUGGCUGGACCGUGACUGUGACCAUGCCGUGCUGGAGGACUGGGUGUCCAGGGUCCCCCACGUGGCCACGUUUCUGAGAGUGGUCGUCCACAGAGGCUUUCUCCUCCGGAGCUCGCCUCUCCCUCUGGCCACGCUGGUGCCCAAGCGCAUCGUGGACCCAGGGCAGGACUUCGAGAGCGUGCUGGACGUCCUGUCGGUCAUCUACAUCAACUCGCACCUGCCCAGGGAGCAGCAGCGCUGCUGGCGGCUGCUCUUCUCCUCCCAGCUCCACGGGCACAGCUUCUCGCAGCUGUGUGGGCGCAUGGCACAGCGAGGGCCCUGCGUGACCCUACUGGAGGACCACGACGGCCACGUGUUCGGUGGCUUCGCCUCUUGCUCCUGGGAGGUGAAGCCUCAAUUCCAAGGGGACAACAGGUGCUUCCUGUUCUCCAUCUGCCCCAGCAUGGCAGUGUACACGCACAGCGGCUACAACGACCACUACAUGUACCUGAACCACAGCCAGCAGACCAUUCCCAAUGGACUGGGCAUGGGAGGGCAGCACCACUACUUUGGGCUCUGGGUGGAUGCCGAUUUUGGGAAGGGACACAGCAAAGCCAAGCCGACGUGCACCACGUACAACAGCCCACAGCUGUCUGCCCAGGAGGACUUCCGGUUUGACAAGAUGGAGGUAUGGGCGGUCGGAGAGUCCGAGGAGUCACUGUUGGCCACUAGCAAGAAGAGCAUCCUGGAUGUGGAUCCCGAGGCGCAGGCCCUGCUGGAGAUCAGUGGGCGAGCCCGGCACAGUGAGGGGCUCCGUGAAGGCCCUGACUGUGACCAGUGAGCAGGGCUCUGCACGGAGCUGGGUACGGACUCUCCCCUCAUCCCACACUGGUUGAAUUUGAAUGUGGAGCCCCCCAGGGUCAUGGCCAGACCACCCCAAAAGUGCUUGAACAGAACACACAGUGGCAUCAGAACUCUCUUAUACCAUUGGGGACUGUCACCCAGAAGUGCCACCUGCCACAGUAGCUUCUUGGUUGAGUAUUACUGAAGUGUGAAGGCGCUGCUGCAUUGGAGUCCGUGGCUGGCCCUGGACCAAGUGCCUGUAGAACUGAAGUCUGAGCCCGCUGCCGGUCACUCAGCCGCUGCUGUGACCGUCACCCAAGCCCUGGGAAGCUGGUCUGUAUGGAAGACAGGAAUUGGAGUGGCCUUGGGAACGGCUCCUGCUGGCCUGGAAGUCCUGCUGUGUGACUGUUUACACAUCGGGCGGGGCCAUUGUGUGAUGGGGACAGAGGCCGGAGCCUCAGCAGACACCGUGGACUCACAGGGUAUGGAUCCUGAGUAGGGCUUUGUACUGCACUUCUGCAUCCGCUGUGCUUACAGGGCCUGGGCCGCCACCCACGUGGGAAGAUAAGCUGUGCCUGCAGACCGCCGAGCUUCAUUCUGAUGCUGACUUUGACAUGGGGCCCUUUAGGGGGCCUGCAGGCAGGAGCCCUGGCUCGUGGGCACACACUGGGGCUGGUCAGCACUGCCGCUUGCCUGGAACAGCUCGCUCAUGGAGAAUGACGGGUAAGUGGACAGUGCAGCCUCCUUCUAAACAGACCUCGUUGUUCCAAGAUGCUGGACGUUGUCCAGGGGGCCUCUGGGAAGGGCUGCUGCACCCCGCAGGCGCCAAGCCCACACACAGAGAAGUCCCCACUGGAGGAGCUCCAAGCUUGCCCCCUCUGC